AUGGGUAACGACGGUGGAAGUAUCCCAACGCGUCGCGAACUGGUCAAGGAAGCCGCGCGCGACCCGACCACGACCGAGAUCAAACAAUCACAGAACGAACGACAGGAAUAUGGCUGGUCCACUGAUCCCAUUUCCCGUAAACCCCUCUCGCCGCCCAUCGUCUCCGACUCGAAUGGAAAACUGUACAAUAAAGAAUCAAUCAUUGAAUAUCUACUGCCGUCCGACGACACUGCCACCACUACAAAAGCAGAGGCAGAGACCGUCCUUCAGGGUUCAGUCAAGAGUCUGAAGGACAUUGUCGAGAUCAAGUUUGACGUCGACACCAAUGCUGCAAAGGACGUCAAGAAUGCCUGGAAGUGUCCCGUCACUGGCGACCGUCUCGGUCCUGGCGAGAAAGCCGUCUACCUCGUUCCUUGCGGUCACGCUUUCUCCGCCACUGCCAUCAAGGAAGUCUCGGGAGAACGCUGUGUUACUUGCGAUCAGGAGUACGCCUCCAACGAUGUCAUCCCAAUCUUACCCACCACCUCCGAAGACAUCGCCCGUCUGAGUCUGCGCGUCAAGACUCUGAAGGAAAAGGGUCUGGCCCAUUCACUCAAGAAAGCCGCAAAAGAGUCAAAGAAGCGCAAGAAGCGCGAGGAAGCCGACGAGGCACCUGCCCUGGUAGCAGUCACCGACAGGAAGGAUGCCAGCAACAUCAACAACUCAUCGACCGCUGCCCUGACAGCAAAGGUCAUGCAAGAGCAAGAGAUCAAGAAGCGCAAGAUGCACAACGACAAUCUCAAGACCCUCUUCUCCUCUAGAGAUCAGAGCAAACCGAUAGGCAAAAGCCGUGAUUUUAUGACAAGAGGUUAUGAUAUCCCGGCCAACGCAAAGAGGUGA